GAUCAAAAAUCCCAAAACCCAUAAAAUCUUCUAUUGACGGGGCGCCAAAACCCCCCUCAUUUUAUCAGAAAAAUAAAUAAUAAAUAAACGAAGCUCUCUUUCUCUCUAUUAUUAUUAUAAAUUAAACGUUUGAUUUCUCUGUAAAGUUUUUGUUUUGUUUUGAGAAAUGGAGCUUCAAAAUUCAGUGAAAGAAGCUCUAAAUGCGCUGUACCAUCAUCCAGACGAUGUGUUUCGUAUGGAAGCCGAUCGAUGGCUACAAAACUUUCAACGCACAAUCGAUGCCUGGCAGGUUGCUGAUAAUUUGCUUCACGAUGCCACCAGCAAUCUGGAAACCUUAAUAUUUUGUUCUCAAACUCUUAGAAGCAAGGUACAACGAGAUUUUGAAGAACUGCCCUCUGAAGCCUUUCGACCAUUGCGUAGUUCCUUAAAUACCUUGUUAAAAAAAUUUCACAGAGGCCCCCCUAAAGUGAGGACUCAGAUUAGCAUUGCUGUGGCUGCCUUGGCUGUACAAGUUCCUCCUGAGGAUUGGGGGGAUGGUGGUAUUGUAAAUUGGCUCAAGGAUGAGAUGACUUCACAUCCAGAAUAUAUACCAGGAUUUCUGGAGUUGCUUACAGUUUUACCAGAGGAAGUAUUCAACUACAAGAUAGCUGCUCGUCCGGAAAGACGCCGCCAAUUCGAGAACGAGCUCACUUCUCAAAUAGAGGUCGCUCUUAAUAUUUUGACAGCUUGCUUGAAAAUAAGUGAGCUAAAGGAGCAGGUUCUUGAGGCAUUUUCUUCUUGGAUUCGACUAAGGCAUGGGAUCCCUGGGUCUGUGCUUGCUUGUCAUCCAUUGGUGUAUACAGCUCUAUCAAGUUUGAAUUCUGAGACCCUUUCAGAGGCAGUUGUAAAUGUCAUAUCAGAAUUGAUACAUUACACAACAGCUGGAAACUCUGGUGGCAUUCCCGUGCAGAUGCCUUUAAUUCAAGUGAUUGUGCCUCAAGUCAUGAGUCUAAAGGAGCAACUCAGAGAUUCUUCUAAGGAUGAAGAAGAUGUGAAGGCCAUUGCUAGAUUAUUUGCAGACAUGGGUGAUUCGUAUGUCGAGCUGAUUGCAACUGGUUCUGAUGAGUCAAUGAUUAUUGUAAAUGCAUUAUUAGAAGUUGCUUCACACCCAGAAUAUGAUAUUGCUUCAAUGACAUUCAAUUUCUGGCACAAUCUUCAACAUAUCUUGACUAAGAGGGAUUCCUAUACUUCAUUUGGCAAUGAAGUAUCCAUUGAAGUUGAGAGAAGUAGGAGGCUGCAAGUUUUUCACUCAGCCUAUGAGUCCCUUGUGUCCCUGGUUAGCUUUCGAGUUAAAUAUCCUCAAGAUUAUCAAACCCUGUCAGUUGAAGAUCUCAAGGAAUUCAAACAGACAAGAUAUGCUGUCACGGAUGUAUUAAUUGAUGCAGCAUCAGUUUUAGGCGGUGAUGCAACUUUGAGAAUUCUUUACGUGAAACUUUAUGAGGCCCGAACCUGCUUGGGGAAUGGACAUAAUCAAUGGCAUCCAGCUGAAGCUGCUCUGUUUUGCAUCAGAGCUAUAUCAAAUUAUGUUUCAACAGUCGAAGCUGAAGUAAUGCCCAAGAUUAUGUCUUUGCUUUUGGAACUUCCUCAUGAGCCCCAAUUGCUCCAGACAGUGUGCUUAACGAUUGGGGCAUAUUCAAAAUGGCUUGAUGCGUCAUCAGAUGGAUUUCCUCUAUUGUCUUCAGUCAUUAAAGUUCUGCUGAGUGGCAUGAGUAAAUCAGAAGAUUCUGCAGCAGCUGCGGCAGUGGCAUUCAGACACAUCUGUGAUGAUUGCCGGAGAAAGCUUUGUGGAUAUUUUGAUGAACUCUUUUCCAUAUACCACAGUGCUGUAAUUGAGGGAGGUAGUUUUAAAGUUUCUGCUGAGGACUCUUUGCACAUGGUUGAAGCCUUCAGCAUGGUCAUUACAGAACUUCCAGCUGACCAGGCUAAGCAGGCGUUGGAGAAAUUAUGCUUGCCAGUUGUUACUCCUCUACAGGAAAUUAUUAGUCACGGUCCAGAAGUAUUGGAGAAGAAACCUGCUCGAGAGUUAACAGUUCAUAUUGAUCGACUAGCAUACAUCUUUAGGUAUGUAAAUCACCCAGAAGCUGUGGCAGAUGCAAUUCAAAGGCUUUGGCCAAUUUUGAAAGCAAUCUUUGACAUUCGUGCUUGGGAUAUGCAGACAAUGGAGUCUCUUUGCCGAGCUUGUAAAUAUGCUGUGAGAACAUCUGGAAGAUUCAUGGGAAUCACAAUUGGAGAUAUGCUAGAAGAGAUUCAAGGCCUGUUCCAGCAGCACCACCAGCCAUGCUUCCUUUAUCUCUCCAGUGAAGUUAUAAAGAUAUUUGGUUCUGACCCAUCAUGUGCGUACUAUCUGAAAAUUUUGAUUGAAACCCUCUUCAAGUGCACAACAUGUCUUCUCACCAAUAUCAAGGACUUUACUGCCAGACCAGACAUAGCAGAUGAUUGUUUUCUGUUGGCAUCGAGGUGCAUUCGCUAUUGCCCUCAAGUAUUUAUUCCAUCCACUGUAUUCCCAUCAUUAGUGGAUUGCUCAAUGAUUGGCAUCACAGUACAACACAGAGAGGCCUCCAAUUCCAUAUUAACUUUCUUGUCAGAUGUCUUUGAUCUUGCAAAGUCUACCAUGGGAGAACAAUAUUUAACUAUCAGAGACAGUGUCAUCAUUCCCCGAGGUGUCACUAUCACCAGAAUUUUGGUUGCCUCAUUAACUGGAGCACUCCCUAGUUCUCGAUUAGAAACGGUAACAUAUGCUUUAGUAGCACUAACUCGUGCAUAUGGAGCAAGUGCACUGGAGUGGGCCAGGGGGAGUGUUUCUUUAAUUCCAUCAACAGCAGUCACAGAAGUGGAACGAAUAAAUUUUUGUCAAGCAUUGGCCGAUGCAGCAUCUGGGAUCGAUGUCAACUCCCUGAUGGCUCCAAUUGAGGAGCUUUCUGAUGUUUGUAGACGUAACAGAACAGUUCAGGAGAUUGUUCAAGGAGCUUUAAGGCCGCUUGAGUUGAAUUUGGUCACUGUAUCAUAGGGGAGAGGGCACCAUUUUGAUUAGGCAUUAUUUGAUAGUCACUUGAAUGCGAAUUAGCCUUUUUAUACUCAUUCAUCAUUGUGUAUUAUUGACCUUUCUCCAAUUUUUUCAGGAGAAUCGUUACACCACCUCAUGGUGAUUGGGAGAGAAUGGGUGGCUCUUUGUAUCUUUGUUCAAAUGAUUUGAGAUCUUUGAGUGGUUUGGACCGCAUUGGUUUCAAUUUUUGGGGUCAAAAGUUUUGGUAUAAAUUUGUAAUUUUAGUGUGUAAUGGUGGGUGGAAAGGAAAUGUCUUCCAUGUUAUGAUGAUUGGUAUUUUUAUAUAAAGAGAACCGAGUCGCUGGGGAUGACAAAGAUUCCCUGCACAACAUGGCCGAAGGUCUAUAUUUUCUUGGAAGUUGGAGUUUGGAGACUGGAGAAUUAUACACCUCUAAGGUUAUCCCGACCACUUUUAGACUGGCGAAGGACAUUGAUGAAUCAAGUUGAGUGGGACCACUGAAAAGUGGCUUCGGAAAUUUUAUAGUUUAAAGGACACAAUAAAGAUGCAGAUUGGUGGAGUGUUGGAAUGCUUUUGUCUGAAAUGCUAACUGAGCAGCCCCCAUUUACACACUCGAAUAGAAAGAAGCUUCAGGAGAGAAUUAUCAAAGAGAAUCAAACUUCCACCGUAUCUUAGCAGUGAAGCUCCCUCUUUUCUGAAAGGAGUAAGUAUACACUUUUGUGAUUUUGUCCCCUCUUCUACGGUUUAUUUGAAUUCCUUUUUCCAAAAUAAGAGCUCAAAAAAACAACAGAGUUUUCGUCUUUUUUGUGGCUGCUGCAGAAAGAACCAUCAGGAGGUCAGGCAGUGGUCUUGGUGAAGGGGAUGAGGUCAAAGGCCUUAAAUGGUUUCAGUCAAUAAACUGGAAAAAAAAAUAGAGGCGAAAGAACUGUAGCCAAAGUAUAAACCAGAUUUGGGUGGCAGACUGUCCGGCGAACAAUGCCCUUGAUGACUCACCAGCUCCCACAUCAACAGCCGGUGAACAUUUUCAAGGGUAUACUACUUGUGUUUCUCUUAAACCUUGGCUUUCCAUCCGGAUGAAUUAAAUGAUUUUGAAACAAGCCAGCCAGCCCAAUUGGAUCUUUGUUCUUAUGCUAGUUGCAAGCUGAUGAGAUUGCAAGAAUGUGAGAUUAAUUAAGUUUUUAAUCCAAACUCAAAAUCAUGGUAGAAUAUCCAAUCCAAAGCACUGUGGUCCUAUUUGGAUUGCUUGGAAAGAGAGAAGAUUCUGUUAACAACUUCCUCAUGGAGGUGAUGUAAAGCACUGGUGAAUAGAAGAGAGAAUAUUUCUUAAAGCACAAAGAGUAAAGUAGCAUAGAAGAAUCUUGUUUUUCACUGGAAGACAAGCAACAUACCGAGUGCUACUUAGAAACUUCAUGAGACACUCUCUCCCGUAUAACAGUUUUAUCGAUGUAAAUUUUUGUCAAUAUCUAUACUCAUUGUUUGUCAGUACAUAUAUUAUUGAUGUGCUCAUGGACAGAAACAAUUUGUUGAAAAAAACUUUUAUAAGCAAUUUAUGGUA